GUCCGCAUUCCUGGUCCUGUUUCUACAUCCAGCAGAGAACUUUUUAAAAGGAGCUACCUUCCAGAGUGACAAAUACUACGUCUUCUACUCCUACAGCCCCUUCUUUUUCUUUUCUUCUUCUUCUCUGACAAGAGGAUGGACUCAGUGAUGCCCCCUGGCGUCUCUCCAGUGUCUGUCUGCUCUCUGUUAGCAUGUAGCAUCCAAAUGAUAGCAGCUGUAUUACUAAUGUUCAGGUUAGGUAGACAGAGCUCUUCAGUGGAUAAGUGGAUCCUGCUCUGGCUUUUCUAUGAUGUCAUUGUCCACCUGACACUGGAGGGUCCCUUUGUUUACAUGUCUCUGGUUGGGACGGUGGAGACGUCUGAAGGUCCGCUAGCUGAACUUUGGAGAGAGUACAGCAGAGCAGACAGUCGUUGGCUGACUUCUGAUCCAACAAUCGUCUCAAUUGAACUUCUGACUGUGUUCCUGGACUCUGUGAUUGGUGUGCUGCUGAUACACGCAAUACUACAGGAGAGAUACUACAGACACUUCCUGCAGAUCACUCUGAGCGUGUGCGAGCUUUAUGGCGGCUGGAUGACCUUUGCUCCUGAGUGGCUUGUGGGCAGUCCCAGUCUGAACACGUCCAGCUGGCUGCACCUGUGGGUCUACCUUGUCUUUUUUAAUGGGCUCUGGGUCCUGGUCCCGGUCCUGCUGCUGAUACAAUCAUGGAUUUCCCUCAAGAGUCUGCACGCGCUCCAAGUGGAUGACCAUGUUAACAGGAAGAAGAUGUAGAGAUCUGAAUGAUUUAGAACUUUCCAUUGAUCAAAACACUCACUCAUGAAUAAACUAUUUUAUUGGUAUCACA